GCGGCCUGAGGGAGCGGCCGGUGCCGCGCGGGGCUCGCCUCGCCCGCGGCGGGGUCCAUGGCCUGAGCGGCCAUGUCCGGCGUGGUGCGGACCCUCAGCCGCUGCCUGCUGCCGGCCGAGGCCGGCGGGGCCCGCGAGCGCAGGGCGGGCGGCGGCGGGGCCCGCGACGCGGAGCGCGAGGCGCGGCGGCGCAGCCGGGACAUCGACGCGGGGCUGGCCCGCGAGCGGCGCGCCGUGCGGCGCCUCGUCAAGAUCCUGCUGCUGGGCGCGGGCGAGAGCGGCAAGUCCACCUUCCUCAAGCAGAUGCGCAUCAUCCACGGCCGCGAGUUCGACCAGAAGGCGCUGCUCGAGUUCCGCGACACCAUCUUCGACAACAUCCUCAAGGGUUCAAGAGUUCUUGUGGAUGCGCGAGACAAGCUUGGCAUUCCUUGGCAGCACUCGGAAAACGAAAAGCAUGGGAUGUUCCUCAUGGCCUUCGAGAACCGAGCGGGGCUGCCCGUGGAGCCCGCCACCUUCCAGCUGUACGUGCCCGCUCUGAGCGCGCUCUGGAGGGACUCUGGCAUCAGGGAGGCCUUCAGCCGGAGGAGCGAGUUCCAGCUGGGUGAAUCGGUGAAGUACUUCCUGGAUAACCUGGACCGGAUCGGCCAGCUGAAUUACUUUCCCAGUAAGCAAGACAUCCUACUGGCGAGGAAAGCCACCAAGGGCAUUGUGGAACAUGACUUCGUUAUUAAAAAAAUCCCUUUUAAAAUGGUGGAUGUGGGAGGCCAGCGGUCCCAGCGCCAGAAGUGGUUCCAGUGCUUUGACGGGAUCACGUCGAUCCUGUUCAUGGUGUCUUCCAGUGAGUACGACCAGGUCCUCAUGGAGGACAGGCGCACCAACCGGCUGGUGGAGUCGAUGAACAUCUUUGAGACAAUAGUCAACAACAAGCUCUUCUUCAACGUCUCCAUAAUCCUGUUCCUCAACAAGAUGGACCUCCUGGUGGAGAAGGUGAAGACCGUCAGCAUCAAGAAGCACUUCCCGGAUUUCAAGGGCGACCCCCACAGGCUGGAGGACGUUCAGCGCUACCUGGUCCAGUGCUUCGACCGGAAGAGGCGGAACCGCAGUAAGCCGCUCUUCCACCACUUCACCACCGCCAUAGACACUGAGAACAUCCGCUUCGUGUUUCACGCUGUGAAGGACACCAUCCUGCAGGAGAAUCUGAAAGAUAUCAUGUUGCAGUGAAAGAGGAAGCCCCUCACUGCCGUCGUCCUUAAACAGCCUCCGUAGCCACUGGUCGGAUCCCCCUGGCGUGUAUCAUCCAUCUGGUCUUGGAGUGGGUUUCUCGGAUCCUCGCCAUCCAACACCUGGCUCAGGAAUGCUGUAAAGCCAGCCACGCCGACGUGCUCUGGCCCGGAGGCCGUGGAAACGAUGUUAGCUACUGAAUCCUGGGGACUAGCGAAACUACUGAGAAGCCAAGUGAUCACUUUGGUAUGAAUUUGUGAUACCUAAUGACACAGCUUGCUUUCUUUUUACAGAAAUUUUCUUUCUUUUCUGACACAGUUUAAUCGAGCAUCCUGUGUGUGUGUGCACGCACACGCUCUAUCGUUAAUGACAGAAACACACAAACCAGCUGCCUUGCAGAUGGCUUUUCUCUCUAACUUGCAAGUCUGCGGCGAGAUGAACUAACCCGAAAGCUUUUGCCUAACAGUAGUUUUUAGGAGAUCAGAUGCGUGCUGAUGCUGCUAAACUCAGAGUCCCCACAUCGGGCCCCCUAGCCCCCAGCUGUGGGGUCUCAGUGCCACCUCCCAAAGCGAGUUGCCUUUUAAAACUCUCGUGCCAAUUUCCUGAGACCCGGUCCAGGCAUAUUAGGUUAAGCCGAGGGGCCCCAGCUUUAGAGGCUGGGAGCAAGAGCUCCGCAGGUAUGGACUUGCCUUAAUGCCCCACCACAUGCGUGGUUCUUCCUGCCUUGUCAGAUUGCCCAGCAACACAGCACGGGGUGGAGCUGCGCAGAGGCAGCGUGCUGACAGUGAACGUCUGCCCCUGCACACAGAGGUGCUUAUUGCUCCGUGCCCACCCACUGGCAAAGACGUAGAAACCAAGUGGCCUUGCCGAUGACCGCUCCAUCUUCCCAGUCAUCUUCUGAUACUUGCACGUGCCUGCAUUUCACAUUUCCUUCUUUUGGAAUCAGUCGAGAGCUUCCUCUUCCUCACAGGGGCUUGGAAGCUGGCAAGUUACUAGCAAAGCCUUUGUUAAUGCCACAGCUGCUUGGCGAGCUCCUAACACCUGACCUUUCAGGAAGCCCACAGGCUCCAGAGAAAUCUGAGUUUGUCCAGACUGCCUUUGGACAGCCGGUCCCCGUUCUCAGUUCCCCUCUAAACCUUGAUCCUUAUCAAGGUCUCCUGCUUCUGUUCGUGUACACACGCAUAACAAGUAAACACUACCAGACAGAGCUCUCAUCAGGGGAAGCUGCAGAAGGCUGCGACAUUGACACGAGCUGGUAAACCUGACACUCGGUUACCUUGUUCAGUUACCUUUGUCCAGGGUCUUUCACUGUGUUUAAAAAUACACUGCAUUCCAGCCUGGUCCCCUCUGUGUAUUACUCUACUAAAAAAGUCUGUCUAUUGUGUUUAGGACUUUUCCUAGCAUUUAAAAGAAAAAAAAAAAUCUUCCUCUGUAACUGGCACCACAAUGUCACUGCGUUUAAAAACACAUCCCAGGGCCCUUGUCCUGAGGCCACACUGUUCCCAAUCCUUGUGUCCCUUUGGCAUCUCACUCUUGGCUCAUUUCCAGCAAGCCAGAUAAACAUUACACUUGUGGCAGAUGCUGACCCAGAAGAAAAGGGAGGGAAAAACCUGCUCCUGAGUCAUCCCCGUUAUCACUGUGUUUUUAUUGAGGAGACAUGAAACUCUCUUUCCGUUUUGGUGCUCAAGGCUCGGUGUCGACAUUUGCUGGGGUUUUGGCUCUUUUUUUUGGCUGGAAAAAAAGUUUUGCUGUUUGCGUGCUGCUUCCUGUGGCUCUCCGUAAACUGAAAGGACGUGACCCAGGAUCAGUGCCGAUGACCAGGGCUUAAAGGAAGGAGAGCCCUCUUGAAGGCUCCGUCAGGGCCGUGGAAGAUCGCGUUUGCAUUUUGUGGCAGUGAGGUGCAGCCCAUGCCUCGGGGGCGGGUGCUCCUCGCCCACUCAGUGUUCUGGGUCUUACAGGUCCGUUAGGGAUGCAGAGCUCUUCCUCACCAGCUUGGAAGUAUCCUUCUGCUUCGGGUGGCGGCCGCUGCCGUCCCGACUGGAGGUGUUUGAACUGCCUUCCUGAUGAGUUGAGGUCAGCCCUGUCCAUGAGUGCUCUUUCCUUUAAACACUCGGAUAAUUUGCUGGUUCGCUUGCAGAACCGGAAGCAUGUAAUCAAGAGAGCUUGUGACUGUGUUGAACUGACUGCAAGGCAGGGUGGGGUGGCCGGAAGGCCCGGGUCCUUGGCCAGCUCAGCCCCUGACCCCACUUAGCUCGGCUGGGACUAGGCUGCCUCCUCUUUUGAUGAGCGGGCAAAGGAGAGUCUGUACAGGCGCCCGGCUGUGACCCCGUGACUCGUCGGCCUCGGAGAAGAUCACUGUCUGCCAGGCUAAAUAAAACCAGUUACACCUUUUCUACACAUAGAUUGUAGCCAUUUUUGUCUCCAAAACCUUAGGCUUUUGUAUUUUUUUAUUUUAAUUUCACUGUUAUCCUUGAUUAUUGUCUUUUUUAUGGAGAUGUUGGAGAAGCAGGAGAUAGGUGUGCCUCAUCUAUUAUUGCAAAAAUAUAACAAUAAACUUCCUCAAAAUAAGAUAUUCUCCUCAUACUUAACACUGUUUACACCUAAGGACACGUGUAGGUUUUUUACUGAAAUAUUUUCUUAACUCUUCUAUUGGUAGAGAAAUUGUUGCAAAGAUUUUGCAUUAUAGCUUUGUAAUUUAUAGAGAUCUCUAGAAUUCUUACUUUUGUAAUGUUUUUACUUCUUGGAUGAAAGAAAAAUGAGUCAGGUUAUUUUAACUCCAAGACCAGAAGAUAAUCUUGAAACAGGAUCAUUAGUUACGACAGACUGACCUGGGGGUCCCGGGAGCAGACAUCACUACCUUGGCAUUGGAAGAUGGAGGCCCCAUCGAAUGGAGGGGUCCUGGUGGGUUGCUCAGGGCCUACACUUUGCACACAGCGGGGUUGUUUGCUAGGAGGGUCUGCUCGGACGGUUUGACCACCUUCAGUCUCUGGAUGUUUAGUAAAAUGAAUCCUUCGUUUUUCUUUGCUUAAUAGAAAUAUCACUCAGCCUUCAAAACCGGCAUUAACUUAAUUUUUCAGUCCCAAAAAUGCGAGCAGAUAACUCUAAUCCUAAUUUUACUUAAAGGUUCAUUGUUUGUUAAUCACAGUUUGUGUUUCCACAUGGAAAACAAAGCCUGACACACAGGAGAACUGCCACCAAAAAUGUCCUGAACAAAAGCCCCCGGGACACGACUUCAGAACAGGCUGUCACGGCAUACACACCUAGAGACGCGCGCACGUGUGCGAGGGAGGGGUGCUGCUGCUCUGAGAUGUGGAGAGCCCAAGGAGGAGGCCCUGGUGACAGACGUUUGACGUGACCGGAGCCCGGAGGAAGGAAAGGCAAGGGUGGGUGGGCAUUCUGCUGUUGCAGCCCCCUGGGGUCAUCGUCCCGGCCACAGAGUGAAGACACGUUGACACGAAGCGUGGACGACUCCUAGUCGUCAGCACGGCUUGUCACGCUCAGGACUCUUUUCUAGAAAGAGAAAUGUAUGUGUUGUCCAGUGGCCCUGGCCUGGGUGGGACCCUGUGGGGUACCUUUGUAUGUGAGGCUUAAACUGACCACAAGUGGGAGAGGCAAAACCCCUCCAGAAAAAUGCCAGUGAUGAGCACGCCGUGCGCUCUUCAUUGUCCCUGUGGCUGUGGCCACGCUCGUCGGGUCCCAAUUUCUCCGUUUCUAAGUUGGACAAAAUGGUGAUUCUGGCUCCGGUGCCACAGGUCAGAUCACCUGAGGAGCUUUGCAGAGGCCCCGGGCUGAGCCACCCAGGGCCUGUCCAGGACAGACCUCGUGUGUGCAGAUUCCUGAUGGCCCGGUGGUUUUACUGUGCAGCCAGUGUGGAGGGCCACUCAAGUAGCUAAUCUUGGCGGGUUCCUUCCAGGCUGGUGGCAUUCUGCGUUUAGCACGGUGAGAAUUAGAUUUGUAACAGCCACCAAAUGCUCCCUCGCCAUGACUAGCACCCUGCCUCGAGAAGCAGCAGCGACAGUAGGUUUUCUGUUGCGAUUAAGUAAGUGGCGACAGGAAGCUCUUGCUAAUAGGCCUCUCACAGUGUGUCAGGCAGUCCUUCCAAGUCAGCUGGUGCCAUUUUCUCCGUAAGGUACGCCAGAGGCGCUUAGCAGCCUCAUUCUGCACUGAUCCCUGAAAAUGUAGGAAGCCUUGUUUGAAGAAAAGGACGACUCUUGAGGCUUACGUAAUCUUCACGUCAGCCCUGGGGAGAGAGGAUCCUCACGGAUGUGAUUCCCAUGUCUCCCUGGCUUCGCGUUUGGGGCGCUCGCCUGGCCUGGAGGCUGGCAGCGGGCCGCAGUCUGGAGGGCUGGGAACUCUGCGCCCUGGACCGGGGCUGGUCUCACUGCCUCUGUGUCCUCCUCUCUGGCUGCACUGGGAGCCACUGUGCGGCCCUGUAGGAAGGGCGCCCCAGAACACAGGAGCUCACUUGAUUCGGUUAAGGCGGUUCCAAAGCUGACACUUGGCUGUGUUAAUGGCCCUUGAUGGCAGAUGACACGCUAGCUUGCACUUGUGUUCAGGGAAGGGCGAGGGCUGAAGCUUGGGCCGUGACCGCAGGGGGAGGGAGCCUGUGGAAACUUUGGCCACUCCUGCCUCCGCAGUCCCUCUGUCUGUCUGUCUCCUUCCUUCUGCUGAGGUCACGGGAGGCGUGCUCUCUUUUACUGCCACGUCUCUCCUUUCGGAACUCUCUAGAUCUUGGAGGCUGGUUAUCUUUAGCGUUCAGGAUGGUGUAUUACAAUAGGUGGAUUGGAUUCCCACGUGGCUGUCGGUGUGUCUUCAGGGGAAAAUGACUUCAAACCACAGAGAGGCUGCCCGUUACCUGCAGCAGCCCCGGGGCCCCUUCUCUCACCCAGGUUACGUCUGGCCUUCCACACCCAGCGCGGCUCCGAGGAGCAGACCGCGUGCCUGUGGAGGUCCUGCUGACCCUGACAGUGGUGACCAUGCCACAGAGCCGUGAGCCUGGAAACCCCGGGGCUCCAAGAGCUGUGCUUUGCAAGCAUUGGGCUCUUCUUGGCACCUGUCUUGCCGAACUGGUCCCCAGGAGGGCUGAGCUCUGCUCAACGUUUGAAUUUCCUGUUGAAAGGCUACAAUCCCAGAUCACAACAGAAGGAGCAGGAUGUCACCAGAAACAAGUGAGUGAGAUCUCAAAUGUCCUGGCAGGAUAGAUAUUCCGAGGUGUUGGUGUCCGUGUGUAGCGAGGGGUAGGAAAGUGGGUGGAACUGAGAAAUAGACCAUGGGAUGCCCGCUCCCCUGGCUGGUCGGGGCACCGGACAGCUGAGAACAGGCGAGAAUUGCUCUGUCUGACCCUGACCUGUGGCACCUCAUUCCUCCUCCGGUCCUGUGUCGGCACCCAGCAGAACAUCUUCAGCUGUCAUUGUAGAGUCUUAUCCUAAGGGGCCCGAAGACCUUAGAUCUGGGUGACGAUCGGCGUGGCCCUGCGGCUCGUUCACAGUCCCACUGCGGACCUGGCUCAGCCUGAGAAUUAGGUUCUCCACUGUCAGGUGAAGGUCAUCAAAAAUGUGAAAGGUCAUUUUUUUCAUCAGAUGGUUUUCUUUUUCACAUGUGUUUAACGUGAACCAAAGUGAAACGCUAGAGCAGCCACUUUGGGGUUCCCGAAUUCGCCUGAACUUCCUAUGGGGCAGCAGCAGGCCCGGGCGCUGAUGCGAAGGGUCGGCCUGAGCUGCCGGCGGCCGAGAGAGGCCUCCCUUGUCCAGCCCGGCCUGGUCUGUGAGAAGAAAGGGCUAUUGUUCCAGGCUGUCCCUUUGGCGCCUUUUUAUUAACACUGAAUUCACUUGAUUUUGUAUCUUUAAAGCUGAUGUAUUUCACCCAAAUGGACAUAAUCCCAGCUAUUCACAGUCGAGGUGGGCGUUCCCGUGGCGCCUCAGCUCCUGACAGGUCGCCGAGCCGGGCGUGCUGGGGGUUGCCGGCCUCUGCGGGCCUGGGCCCGUGGACAGACGUCGCAUCUCGUCUGUAAGGCCGGCGCGGCUCCAGACGAGGGAGGUCAGAGCGAGGGGCAGCUCGGAGCAAGCCCUCCCGUCCCGGGUCUGGUGCUUUCUGGGGCUGGUUCAGGGUUCCUGCUCCCAGCUGACUUCAGAGCGACUCCCGUCGAAAGGGAGAUUGAGGAUGGCGCUGCUGGGGGCCCGUCUGUGAUCUGCAGUCUGUCCCUGAAGAAGAGGUCGGAGGCUGGUCCGUGCACGGCCGGCGGGUGGGAGCGCAGUGCCGACGUCCCUGUGCGCCGCAGCCCCCACUCCCUUCCACAGCCGGCUCCCUGGGCAGUCUCCCGCAGCCCGGGGUGACCCCGGAGGUCUCCCCCACCGCCUGCCCCGUUGCCCUCCUCAGAAAAGGUCAGUACCAACCAUAGGCAGAGAGCACUCUGUCGUCUCAGAGACUCUGGGACUCAGGUUGUAAACGUCGCACCAGACUCGACCUGAGCUGGUUCUCUGUGGCCCUCCUCGCCCGAGCUGCCCGGACGGGCCGGACCCCUGCAGACAGGUGGACGGGCUCUGUGGCAGGCGGGUGGGUGGGUGGUUUGCAGGACCCACGUGCAGCCCGUAGAAACUCGGGCCAUGUCCUCCACCGUCUUUCCUGUUAGGAGUUCACCUCCACGUUCUUUAACAAGUCUGUUGAUGGAGGAAUUUAACGUGGAUCUCUUCGGAGUCUAUCCAUCUCUAGAAUCUUGAAGAAUGACCUUUUGACCUAUUAUGCUAAUUGAUUUAAAACAUUCCAAAUGUCCUUUUUCUUAACUCCAUUCAAACCAACCAAAAGCUGACCGGCAUGUCAUUCUCCGUUGGCACAAGGGCAGCCGGGAAGUUCAGUGUUGUAUUCUCAGCCCCCUCCACUCGCACGUGUCCUCAGUUCACCUUACGGUGUCUGGGGCAUGGCUCCUGUAGUGUGGCCGAGCGGCUGCUGCAGUGGCACAAGGGACCCUGCUGGGGGACAGGGCCGCGGCAGCCUUCAGCUUCAGCAUUCACUACAGGAACGCACUUUGAACCUCCCGAGGGUCUUUACACACCGAAAGGAAAUGCCAGGAAUACCCGCGGAGUGCUUCCUCUUGGGCACCUCCCCCACCAGUGUUGCUGCGCCACCAAACCCACCCACAAUGGGCACCAGCUGUGUGUCAGGCCUCAAUUCUUGGAUAAUGUGUGCCAGGUUAAAAUAGAAUAUGAAGUGUAAAAAGUGUAUUUUAUAGCUACGGUGGUUAGUUUAACAUGUUUUGUAUAUAUGAUUUUUAUAAAUCUAUUAAAAUUUGCCUUAAAUUA